GCGAGGGGAAACCCCAAGCGCCUAUGACCAGCCAAAAUGGGCUGGAACGGGGCCGGGUACGGCCGGUCACCAGCUGGCGCGGGUUCUUUGAGAGUUCCCCGUCGCGCUCGUUUCCUCGGCAAGAGUGCCUCCGUAUAAUUCUCUCGCCGGGGCAGCAGGACAGCAACACCACCCCAUAGCACCCAUAGCGCCGUGCCGUCACCCCACGGAGCCCGUUGUGCCCUGACCGGCUGGAGCCGCGUUGCGCGAUGGAGCUUGUAGUCCCGCGCGGGAGUCCUGGAAGGUUAAGCACCAGCGACAGCAAAGGGAGAUGAUCACCCCCUCAAACUCCUGGUACCCCAUAGAAGACCAUAGUUUGUCUUUUAGAGCACAUUUGCCGUUUUAUUGAGCUAUCUUUUAAGGUACAGCCCUAGACUGCUCGCCCUGCGUGGUAAGGGACACGGUUAAGUUCCACGGAGCUGCCAGGACCUUCCCGUCCCGUCAUCCACCGCGCCAAGAUGUCGGCGGCGAUCGCCGCGCUCGCCUCCUACGGCGGUUCCGACUCGGAGCCCGACUCAGAGCCCGAGGCCGAGAGCGGCUCCCAGAGUGCUGUGGUGCUCGCCAGUCGCGACGCCGUGCUGCACCUCCGGGGACCGCCUGCUGCCCCCCCGACGCUGGCCGUUGACGCGGCCCCGGAAGUAGCCGUGAAGGAAGAUGUGGAAACAGGAGUCCACCUUGAUCCUGCUAUCAAGGAAGUUCAGUACAAUCCCACUUAUGAAACCAUGUUUGCACCUGAGUUUGGACCAGAAAACCCAUUUAGGACUCAACAAAUGGCUGCACCUAGAAAUAUGCUUUCUGGAUACGCAGAACCAGCUCACAUCAAUGAUUUCAUGUUUGAACAGCAAAGAAGAACAUUUGCAACCUAUGGUUAUGCAUUAGAUCCCUCUAUAGACAAUGCUGAAGUCGCCACCAAAUACAUUGGUUCUGUAGAAGAAGCUGAAAAAAAUCAAGGUUUAACAGUGUUUGAAACAGGACAAAAGAAAAUUGAAAAAAGGAAGAAAUUUAAGGAGAAUGAUGCAUCCAAUAUUGAUGGGUUUCUGGGGCCAUGGGCAAAGUAUGUUGAUGAAAAAGAAGUAGCCAAACCUUCAGAAGAAGAACAGAAAGAGUUGGAUGAAAUAACAGCUAAGAGGCAAAAGAGAGGAAAAGUAGAAGAUGAUAAGCCUGGAGAGGAAAAGACUAUAUUACAUGUUAAGGAGAUGUAUGACUAUCAGGGCAGAUCCUAUCUUCAUGUCCCUCAAGAUGUUGGAGUUAAUCUCCGUUCUACAGUGCCACCUGAGAAGUGCUAUCUUCCAAAGAAACAAAUCCACGUCUGGUCUGGACACACAAAGGGUGUCAGUGCAGUGAGAUUGUUUCCCCUCUCUGGACACAUCCUGUUGUCUUGCUCCAUGGAUUGCAAAAUUAAGCUAUGGGAGGUUUAUGGUGAUCGAAGGUGUCUACGAACCUUCAUUGGACAUAGCAAAGCUGUUCGAGACAUCUGCUUCAAUAAUGCCGGCACUCAGUUUCUUAGUGCCGCAUAUGAUCGCUACCUGAAGCUCUGGGACACUGAAACAGGGCAAUGCAUUUCAAGAUUCACAAACAGGAAGGUUCCUUACUGUGUCAAGUUCAAUCCUGAUGAAGACAAACAAAAUCUCUUUGUUGCAGGAAUGUCAGAUAAGAAAAUUGUGCAGUGGGAUAUCCGAAGCGGCGAGAUCGUGCAGGAGUACGAUAGGCACUUGGGAGCUGUCAACACCAUUGUGUUUGUGGAUGAAAACAGAAGGUUUGUGAGUACAUCUGAUGACAAGAGCUUGAGAGUCUGGGAAUGGGACAUUCCUGUAGACUUCAAGUACAUAGCUGAGCCAAGUAUGCAUUCGAUGCCAGCUGUGACUUUGUCUCCAAAUGGGAAAUGGUUGGCUUGCCAGUCAAUGGAUAACCAAAUUCUGAUCUUUGGAGCUCAGAACAGGUUCAGGUUAAACAAAAAGAAGAUUUUCAAGGGUCACAUGGUUGCUGGCUACGCUUGUCAAGUGGAUUUUUCACCUGACAUGAGCUAUGUGAUAUCUGGAGAUGCAGAUGGGAAACUGAACAUCUGGGACUGGAAGACAACAAAACUCUACAGCAGAUUAAAAGCACAUGACAAAGUCUGUAUUGGUGCAGUGUGGCAUCCACAUGAGACAUCUAAAGUCAUCACGUGUGGCUGGGAUGGUCUUAUUAAAUUAUGGGACUAAAGAGGGUGCUACAGAGAGCUAAAGCUGCAAGUCCUGCAUCCACCUGAUACCAGAGGGAGUUCUGCUGGGGGGGCAGACACUUUCAGUCCUGCAGUUCUGUAAAUAGCACUAAAAAUGGGAAGUCUUCUGAAGUCACGACCAAAAGGAUGCAGUCCCAAAUCAGACCUCUGAGAAGGAGAAGGUGAGGUCCUCUGAAGCAUGCAGCAUCAAGUGUUUGUGGUGUCACCUUUUGUGCAAAACACUCAUGGAAAAUAAAACAAUUUCUCAGAACAACUUACUUCUUUUUGUGAUUCUGGCUGGUAAAGGAGGGAACUGGAAAUGCUGUCACUCUCUUCCUAAGGAGAAGUCUUUGCUCUCGGCUGCAGCAGAGCUGGGAAUGAUUUGUUUACCUGGAUUCAGGGUGGUAUUGAAUUGCAUUGUCCCCAGGAGAGUUCUGUCUUUAUAGACCACAGCUCCACUUGCUAAGAUCUGUUGAUUUGCAGUAGAAGAACUAAUUAAGCUAGAAGUCAUCAGAUAAAACUGUAUAAACUGAAGCCUCUUCAUAACCCCUUGGUUCCUGCUUGUAUUUAAUAGCAUCCUGCUGAUCACAGAGUUUCACCUUUAGAAGUACCCCUCAGAUUCAACAUUGUGCUUGCAGGGGUUGUGUCAAGUGUUGCUUCCCCUCUUCCCCUGUGCUGCUCUGUUCCAACAAGCAUGACAAAACAACAACCAAGAAGUGAAUGUCUCUUGUUCAGUUUGGAAUAUGCUGUAUUAUAAGCCCCAGAGAGCUUUGGACAGUUGGCUGUACAUACAUGGCACACUUUCUCCUCUUUACAGAACUUAUUUUUAAUAAAGCCUUUUGUAAAAGCUUUGCUUCUCUUCCUUCACUUUGUCUAGCAGUGUCCAUAGAAAAUACUCCUUAC